UCCAAUCACAUGUUGUGAUUUGGUCACGUGGCCAGUCAAGCGGGAGUUUGCAAAGCCCAGAAGCCAACGUUUUCAAAGUCAUAUUAUUCAUGUUAUUAUAAUGUCCAGUCUUGCAGAGUCCAUUUUAGAAACCCAAAAUAAUUAUGAACAAAGGUUCAACUGUGCUGUGUGUUUGUGUCCUAAGCUACACAUGGUUUAUGGGCACUGCCAACACAACUUCUGUGUUGAUUGUCUCUAUGAUGCAGGAGGAAACAUCAGAACAAGCAUGAUAAAAUGUCCAACUUGUCAGAUGGACAGAGCCUUCCCCAAGACCAGGCCAGAUAUUCCUGAUGACAACCUGGAGAUGAUGAGAUGCCUGGGGGUACAGUCGUGUGAGAACAAGGGUUGUGAUGUGGAGCUGUGGCAGUGGGAGCUGGAGGACCAUGUCAGGUCCUGUCCAAACAGAGUGACCACACCUAAGACACCAUACAGCAGACCUCACAUAAAACCAGAGAGCAGCACAAGUACAAAGAAGGCAAAGAAAGAAUCAGUAGCCUCUCCGCCAACAACAAGACAGUCAGGAAACGUUGUGUUACGGAGACUGCGAUCCUUCAGGCGCUCUUCCUUGUUAUGACAUGGAGUGAGGAGUUGGCAGUGGACAGUUAACUUAUUCAGCGUUAUGUAAAUACAGAUUUCCAUCCAGUUUGCCAUGUGCAGUGUGUUUUGGUGUGUUGGCAAAUAAUUCAUGGACCAAGGACAGUUCAGCAGUGCUAUUGGAUAUGUUGAAUUUUAUGUAUACAUGUUUGUUUGUGUGUGAAUAUGCAAAAAUCAAAAAUAGAAAAAAAUGGUCAAGAAAGACUUGGCAAAAGGUUCACUGAUUAUUGCUUUGAUCAUUUAAUUGUCCAUUUCAUGAUGAUUAAAACAGCGUAAGUAUUGAUCGUGUUGGCCGAAACUGAAUGUCAAUAACUGAUGAUGAUUGACCGAUUUAAAUACGGUCAUGUGAGAAAUGGAUUGUCAUGAUAAAUGUUUCAGUUGUGUGCUAACAAGGUGUAACUAAGGUUCCAUAUCAUGUUUAAGGACAGUUAACAUGGUAAAUGAAAACGAUUGUGUGCCGGUGUACAUAUACAGAGAGGUGAAGUCAUCUCCCUUUGUACAAAGUCUGAUCAAGGAUGCUCCUAGUCUAUAAAGCAUGAUGAUGGUCAAACUUUCAGUUAUCAAGUUUGAUGUAUCGGAUAUGGAGACGUCCUUCAGGGUAUGAGGAUACAACUGCUUAGUUGAACAAAUCUACUGAACAUGUGGAAAAUGAAACUUGAAAUAUUCUGCAGCAGUGUGUACUUGUCAAUAGUGUGGGACUCCCAUGCUAAGAAAAGAGUGAGUAUGAUUUUAUGCUGGUUUUAUCAAUAUUCCAGCAAUAUCACGGCGGGGGACACCAUAAAUGGACUUCAGCGUGAGGAGUGGGCGCUUUAACCACCGCCCCGCCAAAAAGAAAAUUAAUGAGAUAUUCAUCCACCAGUUGUCACUAAUUACUAUUCUUUUUUUAUGUAGCUGUUUAAAAAGAAUCCUGAAACAUUUAUUAUUUUAUAUGUUUGUAGGAUUUUUAAAUCCUUAUUUUGAAUAAAUAUGAAUAAAUUCUUGAACGAGCUAACAAGUCAAGAGUUUAUCAUGUAUUUUUAAUUCUGUCAGUAGUUUUCAACUGACUUUACCAGAUACCUCCAUCUAUAGAAUUGAUGAUAAAUUUCUUUUGAAAGCCACUAUUCACAGUGCUUUUAGGUAUUAUGAUGCCUCAUAUAAUAAACUUGGGUUGUAAGUCUUAGUUUUGGACUGGACAUUUUAAGCACUACCAGAGUAUGUGUACUAGUGUACAGCACUAAAAACUUGUGUUAGUCAACUUGUCCAAGACCACUAUAUCAUGUAUAUUGUGCUGACAUGUGAAAAUCCAAUGACUGUAGUCUUCAAUGACUAAUACAUUUGAUGGCUGUCAUUCUGAACCAAUCUGAAGUGCCACAAUUUACUGUGCAGAGUAGCAUUCCUUGGGGAUGGAAGUAAUAUAUGAUUGUGAUUCAAUCCCAUUUUGCCUCAAUUUAGUUUCCAGUUUUGUCAGCACUCUACCUGUGCUCUUGCUAACAAACCAUGGCUUAAUGGGAAUACUGCUCACAAAGGCGUUAAAACCAAUUCCGCACCCAACUUGCUCACCUUGAACCUGUUUUCAAUGCUGGAGGUUAAAAUUGUAACUGAAUAGAACUGAUAGUGUAAAGUACUAACAUUUUUUUUUAAUCUUGGCUUCCAAUAAUUUUCUGGACUAGUCUUUAAAGAAUCUGAAUUUCUACACCUGUGUGAAUGUGGAAUAGUUUUAGUAAUUGUGAACAUAGAAACCUCUCUCAACUGGAAGAACUUUCAAACCUCACAGCCUUGAAUAUGAUCAGCCCCAGGAUUCAGAUCUAAACAAUAAAGUCAUGGGGUCCUUGUCUUAACCCUAAUAUUGAUAGUGAAAGAGAAGAUAUUAAAAUAUCCUAAAAGCAAAUAUUGAGGGCUAACCUUAGUUUUGUCAACACUGUGCCUUUCAUGUCUUCACAAUUUGCACAAUUAAAGUAGAAUAUUCAAACUAAUUUUAAACAUGACAGAAUUAUAUUUUACAUAAUGGCUACAAGGCGUCAUUACUUCUCAGUCUUCUCACUAAAAGCAAGAAGGAUGAGGGUCUUUUAGACAAUAGUAAGGUUACGCUUCUUUGUGUCAACCUGUAACAAAAGAGUGUCUGUACCCAUUAUUUUUUAAUCUCAUUUAAAUUUGGUCUUUUACUCUGAUAUGAUACUUCCCUGCAUAAAGUUCUGAAGACACCAUCUUUGAAAGUGAUUGGUAGGAGGUAUCUACCUUUUGCUUGGGCCAGGAGCAAUGUUACUGAUACUAUGUUGCCAAUACUUAAUGUUAUGUUCAUAUUUUUGCAGUCAACAAUGUUGUUAUGAGACAUUUGUAUUGUAAACCAAUUGAUUUUGUUGAAGUUCACUCAAUGUUAAUAUUUGAGUUUAGAAUAUUGGUUUAAGUAACAGUGUUACAUUUGGUCUGUUUAUAUAUCAAGAUAUUCCUUUGCUUAGUUCUUACCUAUCAUAUAAAAUUAUCUUUUCGAUAAUUUGAUGAUCUAAAACGUUGGUAAAUAUUGGUGAUCACAUUUUGCAUAACUGGUAACAAAACAAUAAAAAUAUGUACCAACAUGAAAGUUUUUGAUGAUGUAGAUAUGAUGUAAUGUUUUGUGUGUCAUAUGUAUAUAUUUGGUGAACUAUUGGAAUACAUCAACAAAUGCAAACAAAUAAAUUUUGUGAGAAGCCGU